UGUCUUUGACCAGUUGUCUUUUACGGACUCCCUCCCUCCCUCUCUCUCUCUCUCUCUCUCUCUCUGCCUCCGUCUCUCUCUUCGUCCCCUCCGGCUCUCCGGCGUCGUACCGGCUCGGUUCUGUCCGGCAGCCGCUCCUUGCCUGCCUGCUCUGCGGAGCCGACUCGCACUCGCCCGAGAAGCGAGACCUCUUCCCCUCCGAGUCCACUCAGUCUGCUUCCCCAGUCAACCGCGAGUUUUUGGGAGAUUCGGAGCUUCGUUACUUCUGCGCUGGGAGGAAUUUCUCCGAUUAUCGGGGAGAGAAGCAGAUCUGCGAGGGCUGUGCUGACUCUGUGGCUUUGCAUUUCGGUUUUCUUCUCUUGUUUCGUCUGGCGUCAGUGAUCGGAGGAGCUAGCACUGAGAGAGAGAGAGAGCUGGAUAAGAAGAUCGUACAGAAGCUGCGGCGGCGGUGAUGUGAGGUGGGUUCUUUUUGAUGGUAGUGAAGCUGUUGCCUGCGGUUUAUGAUGACCGGAGCUCCGGUGAGCGAUCGCAGAGGGUGGUGGCUUUCUGGUGAAACUUCUACAUGGAAUGGCAGAUCUUGUUAGCUACGGGAAUGCUGACCGUGACAUCGAGCAGGCAUUGAUUGCCCUGAAGAGAGGUGCUCAGCUGCUUAAAUAUGGCCGCAAGGGAAAACCCAAGUUCUAUCAGUUUAGGCUAUCUAGUGAUGAAUCUUCUUUAAUCUGGAUUUCAAGUAGUGGUGAAAGAAGUUUGAAGUUAGCAUCUGUUAUAAGAAUUAUUCCUGGACAGAGAACUGCUGUAUUUCGACGUUACCUUCGACCAGAGAAGGACUACUUGUCCUUUUCUUUGAUAUAUAACGACGGGAAGCGCUCCCUUGAUCUGAUCUGCAAGGAUAAAGUUGAGGCAGAGGUGUGGAUUGCUGGCCUUAAAUCACUAAUAUCUUCCGGUCAAGGAGGACGUUCUAAGAUUGACGGAUGGUGUGAUGGAAGCCCCUACCUUGAUGAUAACAGAGAUUUGACAUCCAACAGCCCAAGUGAGAGUUCUGUGAGUGCUACUCGAGAUAUAAGCUCGCCUGACAUUUCUAUUAGUACAACAAAUCCAGUUACUUCUCCAAACAGUUCGGUGGCUGAGAACCCUGUGCAGUUUGGAAGAUCACAUGUAGCAUCAGAAAACGCAAACAUGCAAGUAAAAGGAUCUAUCAAUGCUGAUGCUUUUCGUGUUAGUGUUUCCAGUGCUCCCAGCACUUCCAGUCACGGUUCAGCACCAGACGAUUGCGAUGCUUUAGGUGAUGUAUACAUUUGGGGCGAAAUAAUAUGUGAUAACGUUAUCAAGGUGGGGCCUGAGAAGAAUGCUCAUUUUAUGAGCAAUAGAGCUGAUGUGCUCUUACCCCGACCGUUGGAGUCAAAUGUUGUUCUUGACGUACAUCACAUAGCAUGUGGGGUAAAGCAUGCUGCUCUUGUAACAAAGCAAGGUGAGGUUUUCACGUGGGGUGAAGAAUCAGGAGGACGUCUGGGUCAUGGUGUUGGGAGGGACGUGGUGCAGCCUCGUUUUGUUGAGUCUAUUGGGUUUACCAGUCUCGAUUUUGUUGCCUGCGGUGAAUUUCAUACCUGUGCCGUUACGGUGGCAGGAGAACUCUACACAUGGGGAGAUGGCAUGCAUAAUGCUGGACUUCUGGGUCAUGGUACAGAUGUUAGCCACUGGAUACCCAAGAGAAUCUCAGGUCCUCUCGAGGGACUUCAGAUUGCUUAUGUAAGUUGUGGUCCAUGGCACACAGCUCUGAUAACAUCAAUGGGGCAGCUCUUUACUUUUGGCGAUGGAACAUUCGGUGUGUUAGGUCAUGGUGAUAGGGAAAACGUGAUGUCUCCUAGAGAAGUAGAAUCUCUAUCUGGGCUUCGGACGAUUGCUGUUGCUUGUGGUGUUUGGCACACCGCUGCUGUUGUGGAGGUUAUCGCGACUCAGUCCAGUGCUUCCACUUCUUCCGGAAAGCUCUUCACGUGGGGGGAUGGAGAUAAAAACCGCCUAGGGCAAGGAGACAAGGAACCUCGAUUGAAGCCCACUUGUGUGCCUGCUCUAAUCGACUAUAAUUUCUGCAAAAUCGCAUGUGGCCACAGCAUAACAGUUGGAUUGACCACAUCAGGACGUGUUUUCACAAUGGGUAGUACUGUAUAUGGACAGCUUGGGAAUCCUUCGUCUGAUGGGAAGAUUCCUUGCUCGGUGGAAGAUAAAUUGGCAGGAGAAAUUGUUGAAGAAAUUGCUUGCGGUUCGUAUCAUGUGACCGUGUUAACUUCAAAGAACGAAGUUUAUACAUGGGGAAAGGGUGCUAAUGGGAGACUGGGGCAUGGAGAUCUCGAAGAUCGGAAGACUCCAACUCUGGUUGAAGCUUUGAAGGACAGGCACGUGAAAUAUAUUGCCUGUGGUUCGAAUUACACAGCAGCAAUAUGUCUACACAAGUGGGUCUCAGGGGCUGAGCAGUCUCAGUGCUCUGCUUGUAGGCAGGCAUUUGGGUUCACCCGAAAAAGGCAUAAUUGCUACAACUGUGGACUUGUCCACUGCCACUCCUGCAGUUCCAGGAAGGCAGUGAGAGCAGCCUUGGCUCCAAAUCCUCGGAAGCCCUAUAGGGUAUGCGACUCCUGCUAUGUGAAGCUGAACAAGGUGCUUGAAGCCAGUAUGAAUAACAAAAAGAAUGCAGGACCCCGAUUGUCGGGGGAAAACAAGGACCGGCUUGACAAGGCCGAUUUAAGGUUGUCCAAGUCGGUUAUGCCAACUAAUAUGGAUUUGAUCAAGCAGCUGGACAGUAAAGCUGCUAAACAAGGGAAGAAGGCGGAUGCCUUCUCCCUUGUCCGGUCUUCUCAACCACCUUUUGUGCAGCUCAAAGAUGUUGUUCUGUCGACUGCUGCUGAUCUGCGAAGAACUGGACCAAAACCAAUUCUUACUCCAUCUGGUGUGAGUUCGAGGUCUGUAUCGCCUUUCUCAAGAAAGCCGAGCCCGCCACGCUCUGCUACACCUGUGCCGACAACAUCAGGACUUUCCUUCUCUAAAAGUAUCACUGAUAGCCUGAAGAAAACGAAUGAGCUCUUAAAUCAAGAGGUGCUGAAGUUGCGCGCUCAGGUCGAGAGCCUUAGACAUAGAUGUGAACAGCAGGAAGUAGAGCUCCAGAGGUCAACAAAGAAAACUCAAGAAGCCAUGGCAUUGGCGGCAGAGGAGUCAGCCAAGUCCAAAGCUGCGAAAGAAGUCAUCAAGUCACUUACAGCGCAGCUAAAAGAUAUGGCUGAGAGGCUGCCCCCUGGAACAUAUGAUGCUGCUGAGAGUACGACACCUGCAUACCAGCCAAGUGGUUUGGAGUCCAAUGGCAUUCACUAUUCCGACUCGAGCAGCGAAACCCAUUCGAGAUCUAACUCCAUGACAACUGCCUCUUUAUUGGCUUCUACCUCCCUGGGGAUCGACUCCACUGUCUCCAAUGGAAUUCACGGCUAUAAUGCUCGAAACUAUGGCGAUCCUGCACUCACUUCCAACGGCCCAAGUGAACCCUUGGACAUUCCGAGGCAGCCACUUGGUGAGGAAGGGCUUCGCCCAACCGCCAGUAAUGGGUCAGAACUGGGCGAUGGAGACAACAAUAGCAUUAGAUCCAGGAGUUCGACUAUGGCUGGAGGGGACGGUGGUAGUAGUCUUGUAGAGGCGGAGUGGAUCGAACAGUACGAGCCUGGUGUUUAUAUCACCCUCGUGGCCUUGCGGGAUGGAACCAGAGAUCUGAAGCGAGUCAGAUUCAGCCGCAGGAGAUUCGGGGAGCACCAAGCGGAGACAUGGUGGUCGGAGAAUCGGGAGAGGGUAUAUGAGAGGUACAACGUUCGAGGGUCUGACAAGUCACUGGUCUCGGGCCCAGCAGGUCGGAGGUCCGAGGGGGCCAUGUCUCCCGUUUCUCAAGCCUAGUCCUAGAAUUUACGGAAGGGAAGGGAAGGGAAGGGAAGAAGGGAAGUGAAACAGAGAGAUUCUGUUUCUCUGGUAAUGUUCUAAUGUUAUGUUGCUUCAAUUGCUUCACCUUUUCUUCGGCUGUUAAAACCCAUCGAAGCCCCUCUUCUUCCGAUUUUUGCCGUAGUCUUUUCUUCAUCUUUUUCGAUUUAUUUAGCAUCAUAAUUUUCGUAAUUAUUUUUGGGCCUCUGCUCAAUACAUAUAUAUUGUAGUGUAUAUAGAGUACACUCCCCCAAGUAAAAUCUCAUGUCCUUUUGUACA